AUUAGCUGCUUCUGGCGGCCUAUAUUUCGAAAACACUAUAUUCCCGAUGUGUUUGAAGGCCGCACGAGUGGUGCGGUCCAGCGGGCAACGGUUGGUCCAGGUCAGGAGCAACGGCGCGGCGUCACUUCGCUUUGACGCACAUCAUUCACGCUGACAUCAAACUUUUGAUUCUAAACAACAAAAAGUGUCGUUUUGCUUCAACGGAAACGCACAUUUAAAGUUUGAAAAUGUCGGACUCGUGGGCAGUCGCUGUCGAUCUUCAAGAAUCUACAACUCCAUCAGUACAGUUUGCCCGCUUAAGGAAAGUGGCUCGAGUGGCUGCCCCUUGUAGCACGAGAGAAGACAUAAAUGGAAACAUUCAGCCGGAGUCAAGUGAAAAAGGAGGUUCGAGGAAAUUCUGUGACCAAACGGACCUGGCUGAACAGUCGCUGCUGAAUAAAAUGAUCCGCCGCUCCCUGGUGCGGAACAGAAACCAGGUGGAGGUGCUGCAGCGGGACCCCACGUCCCCCCUGUACUCCGUCAAGAGUUUUGAGGAGUUGAGACUGAAGCCCGAGCUGCUGCGUGGGGUCUACGAGGUAAUGGAAUUCAACCGGCCAUCAAAGAUCCAGGAGAGCGCUUUGCCCAUGAUGUUGGCCCAGCCACCUCAGAAUCUGAUUGCCCAGUCACAGUCUGGCACGGGCAAAACCGCUGCCUUUUCUCUGGCCAUGCUCAGCCACGUGAACCCAGAGAACAAGUGGCCUCAGUGCCUUUGCAUCUCGCCGACAUACGAGCUCGCUCUGCAGAUCGGUCAAGUGAUCGAGCACAUGGGGAAGUUUUGCCCUGACGUGACACUGGCCUACGGGAUUCGAGGAAACAGAAUGAAGCGAGGCGUUAAUUUGCAGGCGCAGAUUGUCAUCGGAACACCGGGCACGAUCCUCGACUGGUGCACCAAGCUCAAGCUCAUUGACCCCAAGAAGAUUACAAUGUUUGUGCUCGACGAGGCUGACGUGAUGAUCGCCACACAAGGUCAUCGGGACCAGAGCAUACGGAUCCACAGACAUCUAACAAAGGAAUGCCAGAUGCUGCUUUUCUCUGCAACCUUUGAGGACUCUGUGUGGAGCUUUGCAGAGCGUGUGGUUCCGGAUCCCAACAUUAUCAAGCUGAAGCGGGAGGAGGAGACGCUGGACACCAUCAAGCAGUUCUAUGUGAUCUGUAAGGAGAAGGAGGACAAGUUCACAUCCCUGUGUAAUCUGUAUGGCAGCCUCACCAUUGCGCAAGCCAUGAUCUUCUGCCAUACUCGCAAGAUGGCUGCUUGGCUGGCUGAGAACCUGAGCGCAGAGGGGCACCAGGUGGCAUUACUGAGCGGGGAAAUGACAGUGGAGCAGAGAGCGGCUGUCAUCGAGCGCUUCAAGAACGGCUUGGAGAAAGUACUGGUGACUACAAACGUGUGCUCCAGAGGUAUUGAUGUGGAGCAAGUGUCACUCGUGGUCAACUUUGACCUCCCGGUGGGCCUGGACGGGAGGGCCGACAACGAGACGUACCUUCACCGGAUUGGCCGCACAGGGCGCUUCGGCAAGAGAGGGUUUGCGGUCAACAUGGUGGACAGCAGACACAGCAUGGGCAUCAUACACGAGAUCGAGAUGCAUUUCGAGCGGACAAUAACGGAGCUGGACACAAGUAAUCUGGAGGAAAUGGAAAGCUUGAUCAGCUAAAGACCCUGCAGUGCUAAAACGGAGCCGUUACCUCAAAGGCGACAGCAAUUCUUUGCACGGUUUAUUGUUUCAUUGUUUACAAACUUGUUUUAUGGCGGUUCUGUGCCAAAGUUCUUUUUCCUAGAUGUGUUUCUCCUUCUGAUCCCUGAAGCCCCCUUUUUAGCCUUUAUAAGUUGUCUCCCAGAGACUUUAAACCUGCCGUCAGCUGUGAAACAGCACUUAAGGGCGGUGAAGAGACUACAGUGGAUGGUUUGCAGUGUGUUUUGUUUUGAAGUGAAUUAUUAACGUAGAAUUGUUUUGAUUUAAGAAUGUAUCUGAUCUAAAAAAUCACUGCAGGGCCGAGAUCCUCCUUGCGGCAGUCUGUGGAAACUCUGUGGCAGGACUUACUGCGACUGCCACAGACUGCCACAAGGAUCGCGCUGUCUCUCAAAAAUCUAGGUUGAGUUAAAAAAAAAAUCUCCUUGAGUGACUUGAAGCAAUUAAAUAGGUUUAAAUGCCCCUUUUUCUCUUCCACAGAUGUAGCUCAGUUUCCUGAUAACUGGAUACGAUGUUAAGACUGUGAGGCCAGAGCUGUUGCUCCUUUUGUGUGGACCAAAAAAUAAAUAACUACUGUUGCAUAUAAAACCUG